AUGGCCUCCUCCAAGAUCUUCUCCCUCGAGGGCAAGGGGCUCAAGCUCGACACCGCCGAAGACAUCGAGCCUCACCUCGCCCCCCUCUGCGCGCUGGAUGACGUCGAAGAAGUGCGAUUCUGGGGCAACACGCUCGGCGUUGGCGCCUGCAAGCGUCUCGGCGAAGUCCUGUCCACCAAGAAGAGUCUCAAGUCCGCCAACUUCGCCGACCUUUUCACCGGCCGACUGCUGAACGAGAUCCCGGCUGGCAUUUCCGCCAUCCUCACCGCUGUCCUGAACCACCCCAACCUUACCACGGUCAACCUCAACGACAAUGCCUUCGGCCUCAACACCCAAGCCCCGCUUGUGGCUUUUCUCUCCUCCCACGUGCCCCUUCAACACCUGCAUCUGAACAACAACGGCCUCGGUCCCCACGCCGGUAUCCUUGUCGCCGAUGCGCUCUCAGAACUCCACGCCAAGAAGGAGGCGGCCCGCAAGGAGGGCAAAGAGGUGCCUCACCUCGAGACCGUCAUCUGUGGCCGAAACCGACUUGAGAACGGCAGCAUGGCCGCCUGGGCCAAGGCCUACAGCCUUCACAACAAGAUCAAGGAGAUCAAGAUGGUGCAGAAUGGCAUUCGACAGGAGGGAAUCUCUCGUCUGCUCAGCGAGGGUCUCAACCACGCUAGCGAGCUCAAGAUUCUUGAUCUGCAGGACAACACCUUUACCAUCAUGGGAGCCAGGGCGCUCGCCAAGGUUGUGCCCACAUGGGCAGAUCUGCAGGAGCUCGGCGUUGGCGACUCUCUGCUAAGUGCCAAGGGCAGCCUCUUGCUGGCUGACGCCCUGUCACAGGGAAAGAACAAGAAGCUGGAGACUCUACGACUACAGUACAACGACAUCAAGGCCGAGGGCGUCAAGCAGCUGGCUAGAUCUGCAAAGACAGCUCUCCCUGCGCUGAGACGUAUCGAGCUGAACGGAAACAAGUUUACCGAAGACGACGAGUCCAUCCUCAACCUGCAAGAACUCCUCGAGGAGCGGAAAGAGAAGUUUGCCGGAGAUAUUGUCAUCGAGGAUGAGUGGGGUGUCGACAGCCUCAGCGAUCUUGAAGAAGAGGAGAGCGAAGAGGAAGAAGAAAGCGAGGAGGAGGAAGAGGAGGAAAUCGAGGAGAAGGCCGAGAAGCUCAUCAAGGAUGCCGAGGAGGCCCAAAAGCAGCCCGUUGCGCAGCGCAAGGACGCGGACGUGGACGAUCUGGCAUCGCAACUGCAGAAGACUCAGCUAUAA